AGGCAGCGAUCCGGGCGGAACCCGCAGCCGCGCGAGCUCCGAGUCCAGACCCCAUAGCCAAUCCCCGGCCACAUCCCCGCCCGGCUCCAUCCCGCCGCCUUACUCGCUCCUGCCUGCGCCCUCCAGCCCCACACCCGCUCCUCCCUUCCCUUCCAGGCCGCGAUCCCGGCAGAGCCCACAGCCAAUCGCGCCCUGAGUCCCGACGCCAGUCAAUCCCCGCCCAGGCUCCAGGCUCCGCCCACGCGUCCGAAUCCCGCCCAACCAGGCCCCCAACUCCAGGCGGGACUCGAGCCCGUGGAAACCAGGUUGAGGUGCGAAGGAGCAUGUUUUUGGCCCAGAGGAGACUCUGCACCAUUAGCACUAGAGCAAGAUUCCUGAAGACAAUUUAUUCUACAAAAAUCCUCAAAUUCUCUUCUUCUCCUAAAAUGUCUUCGAAAUUCAAAAAUGCAAAACGGAUUGAAGGACUUGAUAGUAAUGUGUGGAUUGAAUUUACCAAGUUGGCUGCAGACCCCUCUGUUGUGAAUCUUGGCCAAGGCCUUCCAGAUAUAUCCCCUCCUAUAUAUGUAAAGGAAAAACUAUCAAAGAUCGCAGCAGUUGAUAGCCUGAAUCAGUAUACCCGGGGCUUCGGUCAUCCAUCACUUGUGAAAGCUCUGUCCUGCCUGUACGAAAAGUUUUAUCAUCAUCAAAUCAAUCCAAAUAAAGAAAUCCUUGUGACAGUAGGAGCAUAUGGAUCUCUUUUUAAUGCUAUUCAAGGAUUAAUUGAUGAGGGAGAUGAAGUCAUAAUAAUAGUCCCUUUCUAUGACUGCUAUGAGCCCAUGUUGAGAAUGGUUGGAGCAACACCUGUUUACAUUCCCCUAAGAUCUAAACCUGUUGAUGGAAAAAAAUGGUCUAGUUCUGACUGGACAUUAGAUCCUGAAGAACUGGCAAGUAAAUUUAAUUCCAGAACUAAAGCUAUUAUACUAAAUACUCCACAUAACCCUAUGGGGAAGGUGUAUACCAAAGAGGAACUCCAAGUAAUUGCUGACCUUUGCAUCAAAUAUGACACACUCUGCAUCAGUGAUGAGGUUUAUGAAUGGCUUGUAUAUCCCGGAAAAAAGCAUUUUAAAAUAGCCACUUUUCCAGGUAUGUGGGAGAGAACAGUAACAAUAGGAAGUGCUGGGAAGACUUACAGCGUAACUGGCUGGAAGCUUGGCUGGUCUAUUGGUCCUAAUCAUUUGAUAAAACAUUUACAAACAGUUCAACAAAAUUCCGUUUAUACCUGUGCAACUCCUUUACAAGAAGCCUUGGCUCAAGCUUUUUGGAUUGACAUCAAGCGUAUGGAUGACCCACAGUGUUACUUUAAUUCUCUGCCAAGAGAGUUAGAAGUAAAAAGAGAUCAGAUGGUACACUUACUUGAAAGUGUUGGCCUAAAACCCAUAGUUCCUGAUGGGGGAUACUUCAUCAUCGCUGAUGUGUCUUUGCUAGAUGCAGACCUCUCUGACAUGGAAAGCAAUGAGCCUUAUGACUUUAAAUUUGUGAGAUGGAUGACCAAAAAUAAGAAACUAUCAGCCAUCCCUGUUUCAGCAUUCUGUAAUUCAGAGACUAAAUUACAGUUUGAGAAGUUUGUGCGAUUUUGCUUCAUAAAAAAAGACAGCACACUGGAUGCUGCUGAAGAAAUCAUCAAGGCAUGGAAUAAGCAGAAGUCUUGAUACACACAGACUGUGUAAUGUUUCUGUUACAUGACCUAGUAUGGAAUUGUUACCUAGUGCUGCCACCUGCUGGAUGUUGAAAAACAAAUAUUUCCAUAAAAUUGGAAUUUAAAUAUUUGCAUUAUUUUUCCAAAGAAGUUAACCCUACAUAACAAUAUUCAGGAGAUCUGAUUUUUUUUUUUCAGUUGAAAUGUAUUAAAACACCUUCCACUAUCAUUUUAUGAGUCAGCAUAGCAUAGUGGAUAAGAACUGUGAGAUGCUUAACCUCUCUGUGCUUCAAUUUCCUUAUUAUAAAAGGGGAAUAAAAAUAGCACCUGG